AAGGUCACAAGCACGACAUUCAAGAUGGCGACCCCCUUAUGUCGGUGUUAUCAGAUAUGUGUAAGAAGGGGUUUGGUGGCUUUCCCUUCCUCCUACCUGCUGCUCUCCAACAGACCCAAUGUCUACACGAUACGUGGGCUCCUCACACACUCUCCACAGGUGCCUCAGUCAGCCCUUCUUCAAGUAAGGUAUUUGUCAGGAGAGCGGGGUGGUGGACGGAGAGGUUUCCUGGGAGAGUUUUUGGAUAACCUCAAACAGGAGCUAAACAAGAACAAGGAAAUGAAAGAAAACAUCAAAAAGUUUCGGGAAGAGGCCAAAAAACUCGAGGAGUCAGAGGCACUGAAGCAAGCGCGGAGGAAAUAUAAAAAUAUAGAGUCUGAAACAGUGAAGACGUCCGAGGUUCUCAGGAAGAAGUUGGGAAACAUUUCAGAGACGGUCAAAGAGGGACUGGAAGAAGUCAGCCGGACAGAUUUUGGGAAGAAAAUCAAAGAAGGGAUGGAAGAAGCUGCCAAAACAGCAAAGACAUCAGCUGAGACGGUCUCCAAGAGCGGAGAGAUGCUGGGGAAGACGGGCGCAUUUAAAGCAAUAUCUCAGGGAAUGGAGAGUGUGAAGAAAGAGAUCGGUGACCUGGGUCACACUGGCCCCUAUCGGCCUCCCACCAGACUCAGGAAGAGGACUGAAUUCUCCUCCAAGGGGGCAGCGGAUGAAAGCAGGGUCUUUGAGGCCAACGAGGAAGCUAUGGGCGUGGUGCUCCACAAAGACUCAAAGUGGUACCAGCAGUGGAAGGACUUCAAAGACAACAACGUGGUCUUUAACAGGUUCUUUGAGAUGAAGAUGAAAUAUGAUGAGAGUGACAACGCGUUUAUCAGAGCGUCCCGUGCCGUCACUGACAAGAUGACUGACAUCAUAGGUGGACUGUUUUCAAAGACUGAGAUGUCUGAAGUACUGACAGAGAUUUUGAAGGUGGACCCGUCCUUUGACAAAGACUCUUUUCUCAAGCAGUGUGAGCGCGACAUCAUCCCCAACAUACUGGAGGCGAUGAUUCGAGGGGAGCUGGAGGUUCUGAAGGACUGGUGCUAUGAAGCGACGUACAGCCAGCUGGCACAUCCAAUCCAGCAAGCCAAGGCCAUGGGGCUUCAGUUCCACUCCAAGAUUCUGGACAUCGACAGUAUUGAUCUGGCCAUGGGUAAGAUGAUGGACCAGGGUCCAGUGCUGAUCAUCACUUUCCAGGCUCAGUUGGUCAUGGUGAUCCGAAACAGCAAAGGAGAGGUGGUGGAAGGAGAUCCUGAUAAAGUCCUGCGGAUGAUGUACGUGUGGGCUCUGUGCCGAGACCAGGAAGAGCUCAACCCGUACGCUGCCUGGAGACUGUUGGAUAUCUCCGCCUCGAGCACGGAGCAGAUCCUCUAAGACUCUUUGAUGUGCACUAAACACUCACAGUCAGGGAGGCGGGGACGCACUCAGGUGGACGUGUGGGGGCCGGACUUUGCUAUGAAAACGCUGUGGAGUGUUGCUGAAAGCUCGAGCUGCUUCUCCAUCUAUUGGCUUUGCUCCGUCAGUGAUUCCUGACCGUUCCUCGGGCUCACACUUGGGGGCAGUAGACCACCACCAACAUCCAUCCAAAGUCCGUCUUGCAGCCUGUAGGCGGAGCUUUUCUGUUUGAUGCGGCGCUGCCAUUGUUGGCUUUUAAAAGAUAAAUGAUGACAUUUGAUCAAUAUGGGAAACAAUUAUGUGGGAAUCAGCUCAAUAGAUGCAUAACUAAUGUCGUCAAACAGACUCCUUCAUAUCCUGUCACCGUGAUGUCACCGCGAUGUCACCGCGAUGUCACCCUAUACCUUUAUUCCACACCAUAAACUUACUGGGCCCAGAGGUGGAACCAUUGAUCCCAGUGGCUGUGGGAGGGGCUACAGCAAAAAAACAAAACCACUGCCGUGAUUUUAUUUCCAAACAUCAACUUUGUUGCCCAACACUAUGGAAUAUCUGGUUUUCAAGCAUGUGGGAUGGUCGUUUCAGGACUAAGGCGAACGCCGGUCCUGAAGUCGCAGCACGCCGGCACCUGAUUGGUGGAAAAGGUAACAGUGGCUGCUUUCGCCAGUGCCAAUCAGUGCGCGCCCAUCUUUACUGAGGAUUGUCGUCCUUGUAUGUAUGAUAAUACUUCAGUGUGAUUGUUGACCUGUAAGAGUCUAUAUUUAUUAUGAGAAAUAAAAUGAACGGUCACCUUUGGAAA